GUAGGCGAUGCUAGCCCUGUGCGCGUGCGUCGUUCCUCCCGCCGCCGGCCAAGACAGCGGCGACCUCCCUUCGACCCGACGCGCCCCCCCGACCGUCGGCAAUGUGUCGAGCGCUUCGCCCUCCGACCUGCGCUCAACCCGCAGCUCCUCUCCUCCUUCUACUCCAUCUUUAUCUUCAUCUUCAUCUGCUUCCUCCUCUUCUUCUCCUCCCCUUAAAACUUGCAGGAUGGGCUACAUCAUAAAAGCGGACCUCCCCACGGAGGACGGCUUCUACCACCACCACACGUGCUUCUGGUGCUACCGCUUCACGCCCUCGCACCGGAGGAAGACCGACCUCGCCCUCAAGAAGGACGUCGUAACGCUCUCGGAUGGCAGCAAGUGGGCCGAUUUCUUGUUUACGGUCGGGAACGAGUCUUUCCACUUCGAAGUCGACGACCCUGUGGCCUGGGGGCAUGUGCAGGACUCCCUCCACGACCCCCUGGAGGCUUCGAAGCUAGAGGGAUGCUGCAGGGACGCCCUUGCGUGCUGCGAUGAGAUGCCAGCACUCCACGGGGCGAGAAUGGCUCGUGCCCGCGCACCUGGGACGGCUGGCUGUGCUUCGGCGACACUGCCCCGGGCGAGAAUCCUCCUUCACCUGUCCUCCCUAUGCAUACAAAAGCCGGUCGGAAUGCUGGAGGGAACCAAGACCUGCUGGGGCAACGGGACGUGGCUGCAGGACGCGCGGGGGGCCGAGAAGACCGAGUACGCGGACUGCAGCCACCGCCAGUACCACCUCCGGAACUACUUCUGGGAGAUCGCCAUGCACGCCGUUUCGGUCGUCUCCGUUGUGCCGGCCGUCUGCAUGAUUCUGUAUUUCAGAGCCCUCCGCGUGCAGCGAUUUUACCUCCACCUCAACUUCCUCGUGGCGCUCCUCGGGAAAGCCCUCAUGAGCAUCCUGGACUUGGCGGUGCUGAGGAUACCCGAGUACUCAGGGGAAUCCAGCGUGAUGGACGACAAUACCGCCGGCUGCAGGUUCCUCGUGUUCCUGACGAAGGUCUUCAGUCUCGCGGUGUGGACCUGGAUGCUCGCCGAGAGCCUGUAUCUGCACCGCCUCAUCGUCGCGGCUCUGAGGGGCGCCGGGAAGACGUGGGCGUACUUGCUCGUGGGCUGGGUGCCGCCCUUCGUGCUCUCGGGGGCGUGGGCGACGGCGAGGGGCAUCCUGGAGGACUACCAAUGCUGGCUCGGCGAUGACCACGGCGACGCGAAGGACCUCUACCUCAUCACCGAGCUCCCCAAACUCGUCAUUUUGGUGGUGAACACAGCCCUCCUGAUUAACAUGACCCGCGUGCUCAUGUCGCACCUCAAAAACACCAACACAGACGCAUCUACGGCAAACAAGAGAGCAGUAAAAGCCAGCACCUUCCUCCUACCAAUGUUUGGCCUCCAGUUCUUCAUCACCUUCUUCGUCCCGCCCUUCACAACGCCUUGCGCUGGCAUGCAGGCAUAUGUAUUCAUAGCAACUGCGAUCGACGGACUUCAGGGACUAUAUAUUUCUGUUGUGUACUGCUACAUGAACAACGAGGUGCGGAUACAAGUGCGUCGCUCCACCCACUACAUCUGGCAGCGACUCCCGACAAGCGCUCCCGAUGUCACUUACGACAGGAGGACGGACGCCAGCCAUAUCCACAGUGGCGCUGGGGUGUCAGUUGCGACCAUGGCAUCCACGGUUGACUGAGGGACUAGCAAGGACGACCUCGGUUGUGAGAAGACGCGAAGCUACGGGAAGAGAAACAUGGAAUCCGCUGUGUUUUAUUGCAUGCCCCCCCCCCCUCCCCCCCAUUACGUUGCUAUGAAGUGAAACACGGCCGCCGUUGUUUCUUCCUUUCUUUGUGUGUACAUACUUUGUCCCACGUUUCCUGUGAAGUGAAAUACCGCCAGGGCACGAAGAAACACGUGAAAACCAACGUGUUUCGUUUAAUUUUCUUUCUCUUACGGUCAUUAAAACAACCACGCCAGUAUCAGAAACACAUCCGCUAGGCUUUUUCAUACUUCAGUCCUGUGAAGCCUAUCGCGUUACUGUCUCAUUUUGAGACAAAAUACUCUGACUUAUCACCUCCCAUUGGUCCAAAGCAACUGAUCGUAAUCUUGUUAAGAUUCAGGCGUGUUGCAACUUUUGCAUUAUUUGCUUUGGUCCUCACUCACUAAAAAAAAAAAGACAGAUCUAUAAUGUAAUUAGUCAUCAUAACUAAGAAGAACCGAUAUGAAAAAAAAUAUCAGCCCUUAAGGUUUCUUUGUAACGUAAAGACACUUGAAGUGUAUCUUUUUAAAAUGUUUUGAAUAGUUUUACGAAAGACUGUUGUUAUUGGCGCGUUUGCUAUUCUAUGGUCAUGCAACCUAUUAUAGAUAGCUACAUAUCCGAUUAGAUUAAGCUUCUGACAGAGCAGUGAGGUGUGUGUGUGUGUGUGUGUGUGUGUGUGUGUGUGUGUGUGUGUGUGUAUGUGUGUGUGUGUGUGUUAAUAAGUCAACCACUUGUUUAGUGUUAGAGAUGACAUUAUCAAUAUGAAAUUAUUAUAUUUAACAGUACAAUGCUAAAUGUUUACAAAUAUCUGUUAACUUUUCUAUAUAAAU